AUGUCGCCGAUUUACCACAGGAACCUGACACCCCCCGAGCUCGUGAAGUGGGCGCUUAAGCUCGAGAAGGACUCAUGCCUGACGGCUCGGGGCGCGCUGGCGGUGCUAUCGUACGCCAAGACGGGCCGCUCUCCGUCGGACAAGCGCAUCGUGGACACGGAUGACGUGCACGACAACGUGGACUGGGGCAAGGUGAACAUGAAGCUCUCGGAGGACUCCUUUGCGAAGCUGAAGAAGCUUGCGAAGGACUUCCUCGGCAAGUGCGAGCACCUGUUUGUGGUGGACUGCUUCGCCGGCCACGACAAGCGGUACCGCCUGAAGGUGCGCGUGAUCACGACGCGGCCGUACCAUGCGCUCUUCAUGCGCAACAUGCUCAUUGUGCCGGAGCCCGAAGAGCUUGCGCAGUUUGGCGAGCCGGAAUACGUCAUCUACAAUGCCGGCGAGGCCAAGGCGGACCCGUCAAUCCCCGGUGUGACCUCGACGACGUGCGUGGCGCUGAACUUUAAGACGCACGAGCAGGUGAUCCUCGGCACGGAGUACGCUGGUGAGAUGAAGAAGGGCAUCCUGACGGUGAUGUUCGAGCUGAUGCCGCGCAUGAACCACCUGUGCAUGCACGCGAGCGCGAACGUGGGCAAGAGCGGCGACGUGACGGUCUUCUUUGGGCUGAGCGGCACCGGCAAGACGACGCUGUCGGCGGACCCCCAUCGCAACCUGAUCGGCGACGACGAACACGUGUGGACGGACCGCGGCGUGUUCAACGUCGAGGGCGGCUGCUACGCCAAGGCCAUUGGCCUGAACCCCAAGACAGAGAAGGACAUCUACGAAGCCGUGCGCUUCGGUGCUGUGGCGGAGAACUGCGUGCUGGAUAAGAAGACGGGGGAGAUCGACUUCUACGAUGAGUCGAUCUGCCGUAACACGCGCGUCUCCUACCCGCUCUCGUACAUAGAGGGUGCCCUGAAGGACGCCGUCGCGGGCCACCCGAAGAACAUCAUCUUCCUCACGAACGACGCGUUCGGCGUGAUGCCCCCGGUGGCGCGGCUGACGAGCGCGCAGGCGAUGUUCUGGUUCGUGACCGGCUACACGGCAAACGUUCCAGGCGUCGAGGCCGGAAACAUUCGCACGGCUCGCCCGGUCUUCUCAUCGUGCUUCGGCGGUCCGUUCCUCGUGCGCCACGCGACGUUCUACGGCGAGCAGCUGGCGGAGAAGAUGAAGCGGCACAACAGCCGCGUGUGGCUGCUCAACACCGGCUUCGCCGGCGGCCGCGCGGACCGUGGGGCGAAGCGCAUGCCGCUGCGCGUCACCCGCGCGAUCAUCGACGCGAUCCACGACGGCUCGCUCGACCAGGCGGAAUACGAGCUUUACCCCGGCUGGGGGCUGCACAUUCCGAAGCACGUCGCCAAUGUGCCAGCGUACCUGCUGGACCCACGCAAGGCCUGGAAGGAUGUAAAGCAGUUCAACGCAACGUCAAAGGAGCUGGUGGAAAUGUUCCAGCGAAGCUUCAACGAGCGCUUUGCGGCGAAGGCGUCGGAGGAAAUGAAGAGCGCCGUCCCGCGUUACGUGGAGAGCUCCCGCCUGUAG